AUGAAGAAUAAUGUUGUAGGCUCAUCUGAACCCACCGCGGAAUCUUCAAGUUCUGAUAAACCGGUGCUUGCAACACGCCAGGAUAGCGAUGUCAUCAUGACUGGUGUCGACGACAACUCUGAUCAAGCGUCCCAAACAUCCUCUAUUUCAUCCAACUUUGUAAAUAUUGCUGGCCCAAGCUCACACACUACUCACGAGGAUGCAGCCAGAAUCAACCGACCGUUAUUCAGCAUUGUUAAAAACUCAAAUAAUAACAGCAACGCCUCUUCUUCAACAAACACUCCCCGUAAUAUUCCUAGUGAUCUUGAUGGUGAUGUUGCCCUUGAUGACGAUGACAUUUACCUUUCAUCUUCUACUCCUUUACCGCCCGGUCUGCCACUUGAGCCUCACUCUACUAGAGCUGACCCCGAUAUUGCCAUCGAGCAGGAACCUUCGCUCUUAAACCCAGAUGAUGAAGAUGAAAGCGAUGGCAGAGACCUAGAAGAUGCAAAUGAACUGAUUCAGGCUAUCAACCAAACAAAUGCCGGGUUUGGCGAGGGUCACGAUGAUGAUAGGGACCUUUAUCAUCGUGGCGAUGACGAAGAAGAAAAUGAAAGCGACGACAGAGACUUGGAAGAUGCAAAUGAGCUAGUUCAGGCCAUUAACCAAACAAAUGCCGGCUUUGGCGAGGGUCACGACGAUGACGAAGACUUUUACGAUCAUGAUCAUGGUCAUGACGAUAAUGACGAUAAUGACGAUGAUGAUGAUGAAGAUGAAGAUGAUGACGAUGAUGAUGAUGAUGAUGAUGAUGAUGAAGAUGAUGAUGAAGAAGAUGAUGAUGAAGACCAUGAACGUAGUGACGCUGCAGACGAUGAUGACGAUGAAGAAAAUGCUUUUCGUUCAGCAAAUGAACAAAUGCUCAGAUCUCUUCGAGGAGCAUUGGGUAUUCCAGAUGUUGUAUCUUCAAUUGUUGGCCAUAUUGAACCAUGUCUCGAGGUUAUAAAGGAUCAUGGAGACCCUUCAAACGUAAUGGCUGGCCUCCAAGAGCUUGCCGAUAUUUUACUCAUGACUAAUGAAGAUGUUCUUAAUGACUACCUUCCUACCGCCAAGGUGCUGGACGCUUUGGUAGAUAUUAUGGUGGACGAACUUUACGAAAACAGUGUCGAAAUCAUCAUCAUGACUUGCCGGUGCUUACUCAACUUAUUAGAUGCCAACCCUAUGUCGCUUGACAGAUUUAGCUAUGCACGACCGGUCAAGGCUUUGUGCGAAAAGCUUUUUGAGAUCCAGUAUAUUGAUACUGCAGAAUUAGCUCUCACGGCAUUGAGGAAAAUUUCUCGCUCUCAGACUCAUGCCAUUCUAGAAAAUGGAGGAUUAACAGCUUGUCUUUCAUACCUCGACUUUUUUUCAAGUUCUACUCAAAGAAUUGCCACAGAAACAGUCGCAAAUACACUUUCAUCUGUUCCUAUGCGAUAUUUCGAUUCUGUCAGGGAUGCUGUUCCUUUAAUUGAAAAUAUUCUUUCAAACAAUGACCCGGAAAUUUCAAAAAAUAUUGCAGAUUCUAUCUGCGGCAUUAUUGAGAGUUUUAACACAAAUUCUAAUUACAUUGAUCAACUCAUGACGCCUAAAAUUUCUAUGAAGUUAUUAUCGUAUAUUGAUCCUUCCGUCAAUAGUGGAUUGACUUUAAAGCCUCGCAUUAUCAAAGCCAUUGCCACUUUAAUCAGAGUUUCGACAAAAUUCACUGUUUUGGCCAUUGAAAACAAACUUGGAAGCCAUCUUUACCAAGUUCUUACCAAACAUGCACCUUACUUUGAUGAUGAUGAAAGCGAACCAAUCAAAAGUGCUUAUGAAAAAAAUACCACUGCAAUUAUUCAAGCAUUAAUAUAUGCUGAUAAAGAAAUUCUUUCAAACGCUCUUCAGGUUUUUUCAAACGUUUACCCACAGCUUGCUAUUGUUGACGAAUCAAAGGUUGCCAGCCCCUACCAAUAUUCUUUUAGCUCGGAAGCAGAAAAGGAACGCAUGGAGAAACGCACAAAAGAUCUUUUGGGUGUCAGCCAAAUUGUCAGGUUUUCAAAAAUUACCCUAUCCCUUUUGAUUGAUACAUUUUCAUCAACUGUUGACAUUCAAAUCCGAAGAUCAGUUUUGCAGACAAUUAUUAAAGUCGUUUCUACAUUACCAUCUAAUGUUCUUCAACAAGUUGUUGCUGAUGUGGAGCUUUCUCUUUUACUAAGUUCAAUUCUUUCACAACGUGAUCAUGACUCACUCACCCUUGGUGCUUUGGAAGUUGCAACAAUCUUAAUGCAAAAGCUUCCUGACAUAUAUAUUGUCUCAUUUUUCAGAGGAGGAAUUAUUGAAGAAAUUGAAAAUCUCAUAAAAACAGAGGAAAUUAAAGAGAAAGAUAAAAAGGAGCGUAUUGAAAAGGAAAAAGAAGAGUUGAACAAGAAGUUAGAAAAGAAUUUGGAAAAGAGUUCUUCCUUUAACAACAAAGAAGAAACCGAUGCUAAGGACAAGAAAAAUAAGGAAGAAGAGGAUAAGGAAGAAGAGGAUGAAGAUGAAGAUGAAGAUGAAAUGGAAGAUGAAGACGGAGAUCAGGAAGAUGAGGAAGAUGAUGAAGGAAGCGAAAGUGAUGAAUCAUUAGUUAAAAUUCCAUCUUUUUACUCUGACCUCACACCUCUUGUCCUUUCUCAGGCCAAAAGACUUAUUGAGGUCUACAAUGAACAGAUCAAAAGCCGCAACUUUGAAGAUGAGAUGAAGAAAGGUUUAAAUCAACUGACCGAUCUCAGCGAAAAGUUUCUUGCUCAUGAAGAUUUAGAAGCUAAUUUCCAAAAGUUUGCCAAAAUAAUUACAAGCGUGUCUGAGUUUGAGCUUCUUUGUUCCCACAUUCUUCGCUCGCUGCUUACUAUUUUAACUACUGGUGAUAAUGUUCAAACAACUUGCAAACUCUUUUUAGAGACCUUUUUGGGAAAUGGUUCUACUAAACCUUUUGAGAUUUUGCUUGAAAGACUUAACGAAUCUUUGAGCCGAUUUGAAAGAUUUGAAGUUUUGGCUGCAGACUCCCAUUCUCUAAUGCGCAACUCUAUUUCUUCUAGUCUUUCUCGACAACUUCGCAUCAGUUUGACUCCAUUGAUUAAAGAGAAACCAAAAGAAGGUGGUGAAUCUUCUUCAUCGAAAAAGGCUAAACCAAUUAUGAUUUCAAUUCAGGCCACAGCUUCUUUAAAGGCCAUUGAUGACUUUUACAAAACCAAGGUUCAGGCUGAGAAUACUAUUUUUGGUUCUAGCAUGAGAAUUUUUAGUCAAAUUUUAGCAUUGACAGAAGAUGAAGAAGAAGAAAAAAAGGAAGAAAAAAAGGAAGAAAAGAAGAACGAAGAAAAAUUAGAAGAUAAUACACAGGACGGGUCUAAGGAAGAUGGUACUACAGAAAACUCUGUCAAGGAUACGGUCAUGGAAGAUACUGAACCUCAGAAGGAAGAAAAUAAUAAUACCGAUGAAGACGAAGCUCAUUCUGAGAACAAUACACCCCAGGGAACCAGCACAGCAUCGGAACAACCCAUUGCCUCAUCAUCUGCAUCGAGAACUGAUGCUCUUUCGGCUCUUUCCAACAGCUUGAACCCUGCUCCAUGGCAUCUUGAAUUUUAUAUUGAUGGCGUUCCAAUUUCUCAUGACGCCACUGUUUUUGGUGCUAUUUUCAAGAACUUGCUUGCAAAGGAAAUGGAAAAGAAGGAAAUGGGAGAAUCUUACACUAACAACCCUUCAUGGAAGAUUUGGGGGAAACCACACAGCAUAUGGUUUAAGAAAAAGAAGGGAAGCUUUUCUGAUAGCAAAGAAAAACCAAUUGAAGCUGAAGAUCUUGAUCCUAUUCUUAGAAUGCCGGCAUCCUUUGGCUCAAAUGAGUCUGUUUCUAUUGUUAUUCGACUUCUCAACACUCUUUUUAAAAUGAAUAAUAGCGUCUUCGACUUAUUUGCCAACUCUGGACGCCCUGGUAAUGCAUGCACUAUAUCCUCAUCAUUAAAACAUUCCAUUUCGCCACUUCCAAUGGCGAAGUUUUCCAACUCGAAACUUACUGCCAAGCUCAAUAGACAGCUUGAAGAGCCUCUUAUUAUUGCUAGCCGUAUGAUGCCAAGUUGGGCUGUUGAUGCAUGCAGAUUGUAUCCAUUUUUGUUUCCAUUUGAAACUAGAUUAUUGUUUUUACAGUCUACAUCGUUUGGCUAUUCGAGACUGAUGAACCGUCUUCAGCAAUCUCAAGACAGUUCAGAAAGCCGAGGAUCUGGCGGUCCUUUUGGGGGUGAUAGCCAACAGCACGUUAGCAGCCUUUUGCGACAAAAGAUUAGAAUCUCUCGAUCCCACAUGCUUCAAAGUGCAAUGAAAGUUAUGAACCUCUACGGAUCUUCGCCUUAUUCGUUGGAGGUUGAGUUUUUUGACGAUGUUGGCACUGGUUUGGGUCCAACACUGGAAUUUUAUGCUACGGUUUCUAAACAAUUUACUCGUCGAAAGUUGAGCAUCUGGCGUGAUGACGAUGGCAGUUCUGUUAAAGAUAGUGGCAAAAACUCUUAUGUUUUUUCCAAGCAAGGCCUUUUCCCUCUGCCACGCGACCCCAAAUGGCUGACGACCUCCUCUUCUGGGAAGAAGAUUUUGAGUACCUUCAAGUCAUUGGGAACAUUUGUUGCUCGCGCCAUGUUGGAUUCUCGAAUCAUUGAUUUGAAUUUUAAUCCUCUCUUUUUCCGAUUAGCUGCUAUGACUGAGGAGCAGCUUUUAAGUGCUGCCAAUAACAUUGGAACUGUUUAUCUUGUGGAUCAGCAUACUGGAAAAUCUCUCGACACAUUACAAUCUUAUGUCGAGGAGCGAAAUCGAUUGACAGAGAAUAAUGCUUCAGAGCAGACCAUUAAAGACAUCCGAGUUGAUGGUGCGUCAGUUGAAGAUUUGGCUCUUGACUUUAGACUUCCAGGCCGCAAUAACUUAGAGCUCAUUCCCGGUGGAGCAGAUGUCGAAGUAACUAUCUUUAAUAUCGACGACUAUAUUAAGAAAGUGUUAAACAUGACACUGGGCUCAGGAAUAAUUGAGCAAAUUAGGGCAUUUAAGGAGGGAUUUUCCGUUGUGUUCCCAUACAGCGCGCUUAGCACGUUUGUCCCUGAGGAGCUCGUUGUUAUGUGUGGACAGGGUGAAGCCGAUUGGUCUUAUGAGACGCUGUGCGCAAUGGCCAAGGCAGACCAUGGAUACAAUAUUGAGAGCAGAGUUGUUAAAGAUCUUUUUGAGGUUAUGAGCACAUUUACUGUUGAACAACGAAAGGCAUUUUUGCAAUUUGUCACAGGCAGCCCCAACCUUCCCAUUGGUGGGUUCAAGGCUCUUCGACCUCCAUUCACAAUUGUUUGCCGUGAAUCGGAGCCACCUCUUACGCCUGAUGAAUAUUUGCCUACGGUUAUGACUUGCGUAAACUACUUCAAGCUGCCUAAUUACUCAUCGAAGGAGAUCUUACGGGAGCGUAUCAUGACUGCCAUCAAGGAAGGAUUGGGAUCAUUUUUGCUUUCUUAG